AUGGCCGUGACCGACUCACGUAGACCUUAUCCCCGGUCGGGUACAUCCACCCUGCUUGGGGUCAUACUGGUCGUCGCCGUCAUUGCCGGCUCGAUCGAUCCAGUCCCGGCCAGUUUCAUCCGGUUCAAACCGGACACCGAGUACAUCUACACCUACCAGUCUUCCACGGAGCUGAAGGAGGUUCGGACAAUUCAGGUGAAAUCCAAGAUCGGUUUCAUUUUGGUGAGGUCUCACGGUGAUCAACAAGAGAUUUACCUCCGGGUUCACACCGCGGCAGCAACCAGCGAUGAGCAGCUAGUUCCUCUGAGUGAGGAGAGAGACUUUAAUGAAUGGUUUUCAUUCGACAUCAGCGAGAAUGGAGCGAUCGGUCAGGUGUACUACCCAAGUGAUGAGGACAAAGAGGUGAUAAUGAUAAAGAAAGGUCUGGCCAGCUUGUUGGCGAGUAAUCUGCAACAUCCCCCCGAUGGAAAGUUGAAGGAAAGCGGCUGGAGCUACGACUGCAAUGAGACGGGUCACGAGGGUCACCACGAGUCGUCCUACACGGCUCAGAUGGCACCGGGCAAUGAUGGCAUUAUUGUCUUCACUAAGACUAGACGCACUCACCCAAUACCUUACGGCAAAUCCAAACACCAAAAGGAGAUCCACUAUCACAAGGGGAUGCAACUGCCAACAAUGGUGAAGAUAAUGGAGCAUUAUGACGCACCAAGGGAGUCCGCACCGGGGUUUCAGCAUGGCGUUCACAGGACUGAAGAAGAAAAAGGAGAAGAUAUUGAAUUUCCUGAGAUGCGGACUGUUUCUGAAGGGCAGCUGAUCUUCGCCCGAGAAGCAUACUAUCGGUCACCUUCAGGGCCACCGGAUAAUGAGGAUAUUUUCACUGACUCAAUACACGUCAUUAUGACACCAGACAGACACCUUAACUUCAACACAACGGAACUGAAGCAAUUCAUCGCAGGAAACUUGACCUGUAUGAGGACAGCACAGUUGAAAGGUUCCAAUGAUCACACCAAGUGUUUCCGGGCUCUGGUGCAAACCUUGCUGUCUGUUCCUGACAGACAGCUGAGUGAGCUUGUUUCACCCAUGUAUAAGUUCCCACUGUCCAGACGUGUCCGUGACAAGCAGGACAGACUGCACAUGAUGGAUGCCCUCGUCUCAAUGCUGUCUGAUAGCCCCCAGUCACUCCUCACGGAUCUUAUUCUCCUGUCUCCAAAACCGAACAUGGAGCUUGUAAAUAGACUUCUGAUGACCUCUGCCGGCUUCUCACACACCAUAUCAGAGCAUUAUCUAGAGACUGUUGAAGAUAUUGUCUUCCAGCCCGGAAAAUUUCCAGAACCUUUGCGGGACCCAGAGAUACAGCGAGUUGCUGUGCUGGCGCUCGGCGCUUUAGCUGGUCACCGAUGGAAGGCUGGAUACAAACAUCAGGCAGAAUCAAUUGUCAUUAGAAUAGAAGACAAACUGGGUGUUCACGAUCCCUGGGGAUAUGAGAAGACCUUGACAUCACUGACUGAGGAUGAGCAAGAGGAGUUUCACCACGACACGGUGGCUUUGAUUGAAUCCCUCGGCAAUGCUGGGCUCCAUCGCUCCUUCCCUCACAUCCAGAGCUAUACCAACCACAGCGCUACUCAUCCAAUGCUGAAAAGGGCUGGUUUACAUUCCAUGAGAGACUACCAUAACGACAAGGCAGCAGAGAUUAUGCUGAAAACUGCCCUGGAUGAAACUGAGGAUGAGCACGUGAGAUAUGAGGCGUCGCUGUCCUACAAGAUUCACCCAAAUGGCGGCAAGCAAAACAUCACCCAGUUUGUCAUUCCCGAGGGUGUAUCUGGACUGAAUUCUUCACAAGAAGUAGCGGCCACCGAGGUAGCCAGCGUGCCUUCCAGGCACCGUGUGCGACGCGGUUUCUUUGAGGGCAUCCAGUUUAAGCUGGCCAGUCCUUCCGUAGAGUGGAAGAAGCUUAUUGGCAGCACCACAGCUGGAGCAGAGUUUGGUCUUACCAUCAGGAACGAAUUGGACAUUGACACAGCUCCACUGAGUGGCCAUCUUAUUGUGGAUAUUCAUGAUGAGGCAUAUGCCACUAUACUGAUUGGACUUGUGAAUACGCAACUGGAUAUUGCUCGUGCCCGCUUCUGCUUCGGUGGAAAAAUUAAGUACAACCUCAAUAUUUUCCAGGAAUUUGGGGUAAAACGUCUGAGUGACCUGGCCAAUUUGUAUGAUCUCGUCAUUUAUAAAGUAGUCGGUAAGAUUGUGAAAAGUGUAAACACUAUCGUGGAUCUCUUCAACGGCGACAUCAAGGUCAGCAUGCUGUUUGAUAAUUUUGAGCAGACUCUGGAGGGCAUCCCAGGACGAAUUGGUAAUGUAAGAUUUUUGUCUGCAAACGCAGUGGCCCGACUGUCCAAGUUCGACCCAGAUCAGCUUCCUCCUUCUUUCGGUGGAGUUAUCAAAGUAGUCAACAAGGCUGCUCAAAUAUUCAGUGACAUUAAGACAGAUGUCAUGGAGUUUUACCAGGCUGUCAAUGAGGCAAUCACAGUCACCUUGCCCUGGGCAGCCGAGCAGAUCUGGGAUUCCAUCAAGUCCAUCUCAGAUACCAUCGGAGAUUUACUGAAGUCACCCUUGAAAGCCAUUGGGGAUAUCUUCAAAGGAAUCAUCAACAUCAAAAUAGCUGUUGGGGCCAUUCUUGAGGCCAAGAUCGAGGUUGACAAAGCCAAUUUCAAGGAAGGUCAGAGGCCCUACUGGUUUGAUCUGCCCAAGGUCAUCGGUGAUAUGCUCAAAGAGCUGAGAGAACACCUGGGCAACAUCACAAGGGACCUUGCCAUCUGGGUGGAUGAGAUCGCAGACUCCUCAGAUCCCAUCAAGAAGCUGACUGGUGGUGCUGUUGACUCGAACACACUGAGAAGACGGAUCGCUGAUGAGAUCAAGUCAAUCAUUUCAGAGCUGAUAGGUCCGAUAGAACCCAUUACAGAUUUGCUGGCACUUUUCUUUGACUUGUACGAUGUUGUCGUCAAUACCAUUGGGAAUAUUAAGCAGGCGUAUCUGACACUGAAGAAUUCAUAUCAGGAGUCUCAAACUCUCAUCAUGAAACUCUUUGGACCCAAGACCCACAAGAGCUUCCCUAGGAAAUUCCGUGAACCUGCAGGCCGCAGGGGUUGUGCAUCGGGGGGCUUCUACCCAACCGACUCCAACGGACAUUUUGCAGACAAGGGUGUAGAUCUGGAGAUUCAACAAGGAAAAUGGCUUGUUGCACCAUUUUCAGGCCUCCUUUUCAAGAGUGCAGGCAAACCCAACCAGGUGACCCUGCUGGCCGGCGGUGGGGCCUUCCGCAACAUCAAGAUCUACAUUGACAACAUUAAGCCCAACGGGACACUCUCUACUACCAAGGGAGAAACUGUCAUAGCCGGCAGGAAGAUUGGCAAAGUGAUCCGCUCCACCUCCUGCGCACCGCCAAACUUCAUCCACUUUUCCAUGAAGAAGGUCAAGCCCAAUCGCCUGGCUUCUAUCCUGGACAGCAGCCUAAAUGACGAUCCCACGCCGGCCGACGACGCGGCCAAAGAAGGCUACGUGGACCCGACCAACUAUCUGGCCAAGAGGCCGCUGAAGAUACCCCAGUGGGAACAAAAAUGUGACGAUUACAAGCUGGUCUGGCUGGCAAAGACAGUUAAGGCAGGUUCUUUGCUAAAUCGGGGAUAUAAGAAAGGAAAGGAGAUUGACACCAGUCCCAAUCGCAAACCACCUCCCAGUACUAACACUGAGAAGCCUAGUGACAGCAACAAACCCCCCAGACGGCCAUCCUCCCUAGAUAAUGCUGUAUCACCGGAGAAUAAGGAAAUUACCAAGGAAGCACUCAACCUCCCCGAGACAAAAACUGGCUCUGGGUCGCCUUUCAAGAGUUUCACUCUGAGGAACUUGAAGAUUGGAUCCAUCCUGGCGUUUGCACGUAAGCUUGAACUGGACGAAACAUCAGACGCCUUGCUAACUAUUGUCAAGACCAUUGUUAAACUGGUGAGUGAUAAACCGUGUGUCCUACCUGAGUCUUUGACGACUGAUUCCUUGAGGAUUGAACUCCAACAGCGUGGUCUCAGCUCACAGGGAGAUAGGAAGACGUUGAUACAGCGAUACAAACAACCUGAGGAUCGCUGUCCCCUACUUCAAAUCUCUCUGCCCAAGAAUGUGUAUUGUAAGAUAGAUGAGAGCUGCCUGGGCGUGGAGUGCUGUAUGAACGUCAAACUCUUCAUGGUGUCUCUGUCCUUCAAAGCGUUCAUGCGCUUUGACCCUUGUGAGUUCCAGUUUGUACUCGGUAUCAACUCUUGGAACUACACCAUUGAGAUCCUGGAUGCUGAAUUUGGCACAGAAUUGGAAGUGCCGGUGCCCUUUGACAUUCCAUUCGUUGAUGACAUGGAAAUGCAUCUCAGAUAUGGCAUUGAGAAGAGCAAGGCUCAACUACUUGUCAGUAUGGCUGUCGGUUUCUGCCCGACAACGGGAGAUGCUGAGUGCUUGGCAUUCAUCGAUGUACUGAAGGAUACUGCCAUCCUCUUACCUACAUGCCAUCCCGAUAGGACCUUCUCAUGGCCAAACAUUGACCUUGAAGAGUAUUUCUCCCGUGCUGUCCUGAAGAAAAUAAUCCAAUCAACUCCAGAAGAGAUACUGAAGGCAGACACAGAAGCUGCAUUGAGCUAUGUUGUGGAUGAGCUUGGCAUAUCAAAAGAACUCUUAAACGGUAAGGAGCCCUGUCCAACCCCAGCCAGUUUGAGUAAAGCCCAGCUGAUUGCCACAUUGGAGGAGAGACAGCUGAAUAUCACAGGAACUAGAAUGGAAAUGGAAGACAGGCUAUCUCAUGAUGAUAGAACUUGUCGGUUCUUCACACUGCCAGCAUUCCCCCCGGAGCUGGCCAAGGUGGCCUAUUGCUCCCUGAGUGAGAACUGCCUCCGUAUGGACUGCUGUCUGGAACUCAACAUAGAGGACAAGAAAUUCCGCCGCUCGUUCAAUACCUUUUUGGAAGUAGAUACCUGUGAUUUCACUUUGUACGUUGCCUUUCAGCACUUGCAGUACAAGAAGUUGCUGCUGAGCUACGAAUGGGGCCGACUAGAGCAGCAGAUCAUUGGUCCUAUCACCCUGAGCUACUCCAUCAACAAACUGGACGAUGAGAAGGUUUUUGAGGUAGACUUUGGGGCGUCUAUCUGUGAGAGUGCCGAUGAUUGCAUCUUUGAUGUGGACAUCAUCAAGGACUACAGGGUUCCCAUUCCAUUCUGCAAUUCCAACUUUUCAGUCUCCUUACCUGGUGGAGACACUCUGAGAGAUUUUGUGACUCAAGUCGGCAAGGGUGCUGGACAGCAAGCAAUCAACAUCUUACUGGAGUACAUCGGGCUAAGGGAUAAGAUUAAUGACGGAGCUUGCGAUGCGACAGCGCUGAUAGGACCAGAUGAAGAAGUAUGCACUGAUGUCAGCCUGCCAUCACUGCCCAGUGGAGUGACCUGUGAGUUAGCACAUCGCUGCCUCGGUGUGCGAUGCUGCACCGAACUGGAUCUAGAAAUCACUGUCUUGUCAGUCAACAUGUGGUUUAUCCUAGACCCCUGUGAGUUCACGCUGUCCUUUGGAUUUGGAACGUGGUCCUUGACGUUCACCAUAUUUGACUACCACUGGGGUACUCAGGAAGAGUUGAAGAUUGGCAAAGCUUUGACCCUGAUCUACACCAUUGACAAGCUGACUGAGGACGAGGUGUUUGUAUUGGACCUAGCACUGUCCCUGUGCCUGCCAGACUCAGACUGUGACUCGCCCUCUAUUGACAUCCUCAAGAAGACCAGAGUGCCGAUACCACUCUGCAACGAGAAUGCUACAUUCUCUCUUCCUGGGGAUGGAACUAUCAAGGGCUUCCUGGAGAUGGUGGGUCCGAAUGCUGCUGAAUCUGCCGUGGAUGCAAUUUUGGAGCAUCUAGGACUGUCUGAAUACAUCAGCCAUGAACCAUGUGUCCGUCCACAAGUAACUCAGAAUGGUUGGAACAGAAUUUGCCCCAGAGAUGUCAAGCUUCCCCACCUGCCCCAAAACCUGAUCUGCACCCUCCCGGAGAAGUGUCUAGGGUUCGAUUGCUGUCUGGAGCUUCCCAUCCCGGGGAUCCGUCCCAUCAGUACCCAGGUCUCCUUCAUCUUUGAUCCUUGUAACUAUCAGCUGUCGUUCAGUCUAGGCAGCUGGAGUCUGGAUCUGCAAAUCUUGUCCUAUCAGUGGGGCCAGCUGGAAGAAAUCACCAUUGGAGAUCCUAUAACUUUGAGUCUGACCAUUGACAAGUUAGAUGCCCAGGAAUCCUUCCAGAUCACUUUGGACAUCGCCAUCUGCAUCGACAGUGACUGUACAACCACACCAGUCCUUCAGGAUUCCCUGGUACCUAUCCCAGUCUGUAAUCUCAAUGCUUCCUUUGAGCUGCCUGGGGAUGGCAGCUUUGCAGGUCUUGCCCGGGAGCUCGACGGGAAUGUCGGGGAGUUGGCUAUCCAGGCUGGUCUCCGAAAACUCGGAAUCCAGCAAUAUGUUAGUAACCAGCAGUGCGAUAUGGAGGUACUUGCGCCAAGUGAAAACAAAUGUCCAAUUCUGAGAGUGCCACCUCCAAACAACUUCCUGACCUGCACAGUGGAUGACCGCUGCCUGGGCCUGACAUGCUGCGCCUCCCUUGACCUGGUCUUCACUCAGCUGUCCACCACCGCUUACGCCCUCCUAGACCCCUGUGAAUUCCAGCUGUCUGUCGGGCUGGGGUCCUGGUCCAAGAAUCUCACGCUCUUUGAAUACGACUGGGGAGUGGAUAAAGUGCUGGAUAUCAGUGAUUCUGUCUACAUAGCAUACAAUGUUGACAAGCUGAGUGAGCAGAAGGAGUUCCUUAUUGACCUGUCAGUAACCCUAUGCAUAGACGGCACCUGUCGACCAAUCAACCUGCUGCAGGCAGCUCAUGUACCCAUACCGAUCUGCAACCCCAAUGCCACCUUCACCCUACCUGGCAAUGGCACCAUCGGUGACUACCUGGAUUACUUGGGAGAUGAAGUCACGGAUGAAGCUAUAGACCUGGUGCUGGACUAUCUCAACCUCAAGAACUAUCUGUCCAGGAAUCCCUGCAGUCUGCCUCCAGCAUCGCCGGCUGGUAACGACGGUUGUCCCGUGCAGUUUCCAACCACCCCUCCCCAGUUGUCUUGCCGUAUCGGCAGCCGUUGCACAAGUCUCCACUGCUGUCUGAAUCUAGACUUAAAGGUGACUCAGAUCAGCUCCAAGGCCUGGUUUAUCAUCGACCCCUGUGACUAUACACUGUCUGUCGGGCUAGAGUUGUGGUUCUUCAACGUCUCACUAUUUUCCUACGAGUGGGGAGUGAUGGAAAGUUUCAUGAUUGGAGAUGCGCUGGAUGUGAAGUUUUCCAUCGACAAACUUGACACCACCAAGGAAUACAAAGUGGAUCUGACCUUCUUUCUCCUCAUCGAUGGCAUUACCACAGACUUCCCCAUCAUGGCAGACCAGAGAAUCCCCAUACCUCUGUGUAAUGCUAACUUCUCCCUGGCCUUGCCUGGGGAUGGCUCGGUCAAAGGUUUCCUGAAGGAGCUGGGAAACAAUGUGGGACAGGCAGCCAUCCAGCUGGUCCUGAAAAAGUUAAAUAUUGAGGAUAUCAUAACUGGGGAGACUUGCGAGUUACCACUGGCAGUGGCAACUAACUGCCCUACGAUCUCCUUACCCUUCCUGGAGAAUGUUGUCCAAUGCUCAAUCGAUGAUCGCUGCCUCGGCAUCCAAUGCUGCAUCCAUCUGGACUUUGUCAUCACUGAACUCAUGCUGAGCGCAAAGAUUCAAGUCGACCUUUGCAACUUCCAGCUGUAUGUGGCCUUUGAGAACUGGGAACUGAACAUCACCCUCUUCAGCUACACAUGGGGGAAGGUGGAGACAACGGAACUCGGGAAUGCAAUGCAAUUAAGUUAUUCCGUUGACAAGCUUACAGCACAGAAAGUCUUCUCUGUAACGCUGAACCUGAUGUUGUGCAUUGACGACAUCUGCACCAUGACCCCAGUACUAGACCAUGUCUGGGUUCCUAUACCCCUGUGCAACUUUAAUGCCACAUCAUUCACCUUGCCUGGUGAUGGCACAGUUGAGGGAUUCAUACGAGAGCUCGGCGGUCGCAUCGGAAACUCUGCCAUUGAUCUGGUGCUGGAGAAGUUUGGCCUGAGUGAAUAUCUCCACACCAGUCCAUGUGAAAUGGGAACACCAGGGACACUGAGGAGUACCUGUCCAGCCGUUGACGUCACCCAGCUCCCCGACUUCCUCUCUUGCACUGUCAGCGGCGACACCUGCUUGGGCAUCAUAUGCUGUCUGGAGAUGAACUUGAAGAUAACGACUCGCAGGGUCAAUGCCUGGGUCAUCCUAGACCCCUGCAACUACACCCUGUCUGUGGGCUUUGAGAAGUGGGAACGUAGUGUCACCUUGUUCCAUUACCCACUGGGCGAUGUUAUGGAGGAAGUUGUGAACAGCGUCCUGAGAGUCAGAUGGCGCGUAGCUAAGAUCGCCGAAGACAAGCAGUUUGAGGUAGACCUGUCCCUAGUCCUCUGCAUGGAUGGAGAAUGUAACACAGUUACCAUAUUGGAGGGCAGCCAUUUCCCAAUACCACUGUGCAACAAGGAGACGUCUUUCACUCUGCCAGGUGACGGCACUGUAUCAGGCUUUUUGGAUUACCUCGGUGGUAAUAUCGGUCAGUUUGCCAUAGAUGCAGCCCUGCGUCAUCUAAAUCUGGGCAGCUUCCUAACAGGAAAGGCAUGCACCUAUCACAGACAAGAUGUCUGUGCAAGUUCCACAACUAUCCUAGGUAACUGCACCGUGAUUGGUGAGACCUGCACAGAGCUGCGAUGCUGCCUGGACCUGGACCUGAAGAUAGCUGAUGUCUCGGCCACGGCGUGGUUCAAGUUUGACCCCUGUGACUUCACCUUCUCGUUGGGUCUGGAGAAGUGGUCCUUCCAUGGGUCCGUCUUCAGCUAUCAGUGGGGAGAGGAAAUGACGGAGUCCAUGUCUUCUGGAAUGAACUUGAGAUAUUCUAUUGAUCAAUGGAACGACACCAAAGAGUUUGAUAUCAGCAUGACCCUUGAAUACUGCGUCGAUGGACUGUGCACUGACAUCAACAUAGAGCAUAACAUCCCCAUUCCCAUCUGUAACCCAGGCUUCAGCAGCUACACCCUCUCUGCUGAUGGUUUCGUAGAAACUCUAUCGGGACAGGUCAUCCAGGGAGCAACGCUGGCCCUCCUAUCACGGCUUGGCAUCGACCCAGACUUCUUUAGUGAUCUACCGUGUGUCAACCCCAGUGGACCCCAGUCUUAUGACAAUUGUCCCAGCAUGCAGCUGGCUAGUAACUUGACCUCCAUGGCUCACUGUGGCAUCCUCAACACUUGCUUUGGCAUGCAUUGCUGCCUGGAUGUGAACCUUGGACCGCUGAAUCACUCAUUCAGUGCCUCUAUGGAGAUAGAUCCAUGCCUGGGCCAGCUGACGCUACAGUUUGGCAACUGGCAGUACAGUCAAUCCCUCUCACACCUGGACUUCGAUACCAGUCAAGAUAUCACCAUUGGCAACCUUGCGACACUUGGAUACACACUGGCUCUAAUGGAUGGUCAUAUAUCAGUCAGUCUGUCCAUAGAAGCCUGCAUCGAUGGUCAUUGCACCGGACAAUUAAUGAUCUUAGAUGGUGCGGUAUCUCCUCUUCCUAUGUGCUACCCAAACGGAACCAUUUCCUGGAAAAAUUUGCCAGGUAUAACCUCCAUUUCUCAGUUGGGAAGCCUGGAUGCUGGAUUCGAGGCUGUAGCUCAGGCUCUUGGCUUACCAUCUCGUCUAGUCUCGGCCUCACCUUGCCCACCUGUGAUACAGCCUGGCCAGUCUGGAGCGUGUCCACAUCUCCCCUCUCAGCCCACACUUCCAUCGGGAGGUGUAUGUCACUAUGCGGAUACCUGCCUAGGGAUGGAGUGUUGUCUAGCAGUAGACCUCGGCAUCAUCAGUCGCACCCUGAGGGCCUGGCUGAUUGUUGACCCCUGUGAUUUCAAACUGAGCGUUGGAUUUGAGAACUGGAGUUACAAUGUCACUCUUUUGAGUUACAAGUGGGGCAAAGUGACAAGGGAAAGACUGAGUGAUGUGGUCUUACUCACCUUCACCGUCGACAAGACCACAGACAACCGUAACUUCCUCCUCUCCCUCUCCCUGCAACUCUGCAUCGCUGGAGUCUGCGCUCCUGACAUUGUCAUCCUUCAGGACUUCACAGCACCGAUACCAUUCUGUCAUUCCAACGGUUCUUUGGAGUGGGUUCAAGACUCGGUUGGUGACAGUGGUGACGAUGCUAGUGGCCUGGUGGUGAACCGUCUCGGUGUCAGCACUGAUGUUCUGCUGCCUCAACCCUGCAGCGGUCCACCAGAGCAGAUCACACCAUCAAACACAGGCUGCAGUUCCCUCUCUCUUCCAUCCUCCAUCGCCCAGUACUGCUCCCUGGACCAGUCCUGUCUCGGGGUGGGUUGCUGCUUGAACCUUGACCUGGGCGUAGUUCAGAGGUCAUUCUCAGUCUGGAUGACGCUGGACCCCUGCACUCGCACCUUCUCAUUUGGCUUUGAGAAAUGGAGUCACAUGGAGAUGCUCAGCAUACAAUUAUUGCAGUCUCAUUCCUUUGAGAAAAAGCUAGGAGAUUUGAAAAUCAGGUAUGACGUGGAGCGUCCCCACAAUACUAUCUAUGACGUGGAUCUAGACAUCAGCUUGUGCUGGCAUGGUGUGUGUGAUGAACCCAUUGUCAUCCUCAGAGAUGCAAUGUUCUCAGGAUCACAUUGUGCUGAUCAGCAAGGUGGAGGCAGCAGCACAAGGAGGAAGAGAAGAAGCGUGGACGACCUUACAAGUGAGUCUGCGGAGGGAAUGGACAGCAUGGAUGACGUGACAGAUAAUCCUAUAGACAAGGCCAGGGCCUACUUUAAGAAUAUUCUUAUUGGAAACUCAACAUCGUAUUCAGCUGAGGAUAACGUCAUGACAAAGUUGCAGCCGGAGAAAGUGGUCAAGCCCAGGAUUCCUGAAUCAGGCACAGCAAGCCGUCGCUCCAUGGGUCUUCUUGUCUUCGAUAAUGAAGAUCAAACUCCAGUAACAAGGAGAAAGAGAAGGGGCGCUCCACUCGCUCCAACAGGGAUUUCAGGAGGAGCUAGUUUAUUUGACCUUAGCCUGGCACCAAACACUGUCAGUGGUACAUGGCAAGGAAACAUCAUCAUCGGUGGAGGAUUAACACCGAAGGGUCUUGGUGCUCUCGAAAAGCGCAUUGCCAACAUGACCAUUGGGGAGUUAGAAGCAAUGCUGGAUCUUCAGAACAUCGACCCAUUCGUUGUCGUUCAACUAAUGAAGGAUCUACGCUCUCUUUACAGAACCUUUACAGAAGAACAGAUUGACGUAGUCACUGAAGGCAUUGCAGAGGAUGCCUUCCAGCAGUUUGAUAUUGAACUGAGCGGCCAGAUUACCUUCCCGAAAAGAAAACUCGUGUUUUUCAAGAAGUCAUACAGUACCAUGCUUGCUUACGUUAUAUUCUUAAUGUUCCAUGUUGAAGCUGGUGGUUUCUGUGAAAUAAAGAUACCACUGUCUGUCUACUUUGUUUCAAUGCAUGCCACGGGUGCGGUGGUACCAACAGUUGGGGCAUAUGCAAAAGCCGGAGUUUCAAUAUGUCUUUUGAUAAUUUGUGGAGGAAUGGAACUCGAGGUACAGUUGCUCAAAACUUCCUUCCCCAUAACAGCGGAGAUAUUCUUCUCGAAGUUCCCAUUGGUUGUUGGAUUAAAAUUGGAAAUAGAAAUGGUCCCACUCACCCUUGUCCUCAAAGGCAUAGUGACAUUUAACUUCUUUAUUGGACACUUCACCUUUUAUGAGCGGGACUUGUGGCGCUACCAAACCCCAUCAAUUGGCGAAACCAUAUUCCACAAACAGACCAAGAAUCAUGACCGAUCACCACCAGAGAUCUCAGAAUAUUCCUCUCAGGACGUUGAAGCCAGAAGUGCAGGAGGGAACAACUGCGGCAUUGAGCAGGUUCCUGGGCUAGACUACACAGAGCCAGCCUUCCAGCUAGAGAUGGUCGCAGCUGAUGACAAGAGCAUAGUCACGUUCUUCUACCAGGUCGGCACAGCACCAGGAGGCAGCGAUGUGCUCACUAAGACAGAGUUUGGUGGACCCUCAGCCAUCAUUUCACAAAUUCUGCUAGGGGGGCAUCCUCUCUACUUCACCGUUCACGCCAUGAACAAUGAGGGAGGUUAUGCCACUGCUACCUGCAUCCUGCCGACCUUUGACGUCACCCUGCCGACGGGUCGCAUCACGCCAGACUUCACCUCCACCAGUCACCCGUACAUACUCCGCGCCGCGGCCGUGGUGUACGACGAUUCCGUCAUCUUGAUGCAGAAGGAAGGCGUCGGUUUCGGCCCAGAAAUCUGGGGCGAUCAGAUUGUGCCGUGGAAUAUCAUCGAUCUCACAGAGAGGGAUGAAAUUGGAACAUCGGCCCGUGAUCUGAAAUACUUCACCAGCGCCAAGAAAGGCCGCCUCAUCUCCAAGCCAACAUCGACCUUCACCCGUCCCAACCCCGACUUAUGUGCACGGGACUGCCUGGCCCUCCCAGAAAGCAAAUGUCUGAGUAUCAACUACGACUAUCGGUUCUUCACCUGUGAACUGCUGGAGGAGAUUGAGGGCCAUGGGGUCGAAGUUCAUGAGUCCGGACUCUUCACCCAUUAUGAGCGCCUGGGUGUGGGCCACGCUAUAGAGUUCAACCACGAAUCCCUCCAGCUCGUCCACAACAACCUCUACUACUUCAACAUAGAGCUCCUGAACUACGUGGCGUAUGAGAACAUCAUUUCAUCCGUUGGCAUCAUAGCGGACUUCACAACACCGGAGCCGGGGCUGAUCGUGAAUGGGACCAGGGAUGAGGUGGUGCGCGAAGCCUGUGUGGAGUUCACACCAGAAGAAUGGGAGAGACGAUGCAUUGAAGACACACCGCUAGAUAACCAUCGGUAUAUUACUGAUGGUUCUGGCUCUAUGACAGUAUUUAAUGGCUAUGAGGAACUAGUGGAUAUGCUGUAUACCAGAAGCAAUACCUUCAUGGCAGCCAACUGGGAUGGUUUCCAUGACAACGAGACUGGUAUCUACGGCUACACCUGGUCCAUUGGUUAUGCUGUCUGUGAGGAUGAUGUCAGCAUGCACAUUGAUCCUCAUGCUCAUCUGUUUGAUGAGUCAGAGUGGACCCACGAGGGACUAGUUGUCAAUGUCAAUCUGCCAGAUGAUGCAUACUUAAUCACCGUGCGUGCGCUCAACAAAGUAGAGUUUGGCGGUCCUAUGGCUCUCUCUGUGUGUCACAGCACCCCUCUGAUUGUUGACAAUACUCCACCCAUCAUUUACAGCAUGGAUCGCAUCACUUACGACUCGUCCAUCGGUAGAAUUGGAAUGCAGGUCAACGCAACCGAUCCUGAGUCCCAUCUGUUUGAGUAUCACCUAGCAGCAGGCAAGACAACAAGGGAUAAGUCACUGCGUGAUUGGGAGGCUCACGUCUUGGCUGAACAGCUCUUCAUGGACUUCAAGAUACCCAACGGCAUACCCUGCUGGGCUAAAGUCAGAGCAGUCAACAACGUUGACCUAAGAACUAUCAUUCACGCGGAUGAGCCCAUUCUAGUUGAUGACAGUCCACCCAUCGCUGGCGACCUGUUUGAUGGACCCUAUGCCGGGCGAGAUCUGGUCUUUACCAAGGACAGGAAUGAGAUUUGUGCCAACUGGCACAAUUGGUAUGACCCCGAGUCCGGGAUCUUCUCCUACCUCUGGGCAGUGGGGACCCAGCCUGGCCUGAGUAACGUGGUGGACUUUGUCAAAGUGUCUCGUCAUGAGCACAGCGCCUGCUCUGGCUAUGUGACCCUACAGCACGGGGAGACGUAUUACUCAACGCUGGUAGCCUUCCAUGGUGGAUAUGAUAAACUCAACGUGUCGGCUUCUUCAGAUGGAGUGACUGUGGAUCUGACUCCACCGCUACAAGGCAGUGUCUAUGACGGCCUGCUGCCUGGACCUACUGAUUUAGAAUUCUCCUCAAUGCCAGCCACUGUGGAGGCUCAGUGGCAAGGAUUCUCUGAUCCUGACUCUGGUAUCGACGACUACCAGGUUACAGUCUAUCGCAAGCAUGAUGGCAGCUCCAAUGACACCGAUGAGUUUGAGGUUAUCCACGAGGCAGAGGCAGUAGGCAGCGAGACAUCCUCCAUUGAGUGGCAUCACUUCCAUCUCCACCACAAGGACCAGGUCUAUGUCAACCUACGCACCAUCAACCAGGCAAUGAAUCGCAUUGAUACUGCGACGGAUGGGUUCUUGGUAGACCUGACCCCUCCGAUGCUGAGAACACUAGGAGAUGGGCUUGUGGUGGGUGAAGAUGCUGACUUCCAGUCAAAUUUCGACAGUCUCUCUGUGCAUUGGGACUACUUUGAUGAUGAGUCUGACAUUGAAUCCUUUGAGUUGGCCAUGUACGAGAUGCGACAAGGCAACAAAAUCAAGAUCUUCCCUGCAGACUCAAACCCCAACAGCUUUGAAUUAAUAUCGGAUGCCAAUGCCAAGUCCCACACACAGACCGGUCUGGCAUUGCGCAGCGGGUCUAUCUACAUCACACAUGUAAAGGCAAAGAACCAGGCUAAACUGGCAGCCUCUCACGAGACCAGUGGUAUCAGGGUGGAUCCUACUCCUCCGGUAAUGAGAUAUGUCCGCGGAGGCAAUCUGGACGGGGAGGGUGAAGAAGUCAUCAAUGGAUAUUUGUAUCAGAACAGUCGCAGCACCAUCCAGGCCUCGUGGCUGGCUGUAGAUGGACAGAGUGGCAUCAAGAGCUAUUGGGUGGCAGUGGGAACUGCUCCAUAUUCUGAACAAAUCCAAUCUUACACCUCCCUGGGCCCCAAGAGAGAUGGUAUCCUAUCAGACCUGAAUCUCCAACUGACCGACCCAUCAACAUGUAGUGAUGAGGGAUUCACCCUGGAUUGUCGGCCGGUCUACUACGUGUGUGUCAAGAGUCAGAACGGUGCAGGGGCAUUCAGUGACGUCAUCUGCUCCUCACCGAUCAGAGUGGUGGCAGAAGAUCAGGCAGGGUACGUGACUGAUGGUCCAACCAUGCUAGAAGAUGUGGAUGCACAGCAAGAGAGAACUACCGUCACUGUCUGGUUUGAUGACUUUGAGAGUGAGAUGCAUGGCAUAUCUCACUAUGAAUGGGCAGUGGGUACAACCCCUGGGGGUGAAGAUAUACAACCUUUGACCUCAGAUGGCAUAGUACCCGGCGGUGAUGAAGGUGAACCAGGAUUGGCUGCCAAGGGUAAAGCCCUGUCCCCUCUGCCCCUCCAGCACGGAGUGACUUACUACAGCACACUACGAGCCAUCACCAAUGCAGACAAUGUCUUAGAAUCCACAUCCAGUGGCUUCACAGUGGACAUCACUCCACCAGAGAUUAUGAUCACUGACCUGGGCCAGUAUGAUGCAAGCGUGGACCUGCAGAGUCUUGGCGGUAUAGGCCUGUAUCAACCCAACACAGACUCCAUCGAUGGCACAUGGGAUGCCACAGAUGGAGAGAGUGAUAUUACUGCUACCUAUUUCUCCAUGGGCCAGUACCCAGGAGGAAGCGAUGUGUAUCCAGUCACACCAAGCAACAAAUCCUACAUUCCAUUAGCGCUGAUAACUCCUACAGAUAUAGGGCUGCCCAAUAUUCUCACUGUACGCGCAAUCAACAGCGUUGGGCUAAAGCGGACUGUUUAUACCACAAGUAUGACUGCUGACAACACGCCGCCUAGUGUUGGUCAGGUCCAGUGCCCUGCCUUCAUCCAUGCCAACAGUGCUCUGUUGUGUAGCUGGUCUGAUUUUCUGGAUGCCGAGUCGGGCAUUGGCCACUACCGUAUGUCUGUUGGCACAGCACAGGGUCUUGAAGAUGUCUUUCUAUCCGGUGACCUGCCCGGGCGUCUAUCUCACUACAACAUCAAAGAUCUGACUCUGAUCCACAACAAGGUAUACUAUGUCACAGUGGAAGCCUUCAAUGCUCUCAACCAAAGCACAAUGGCAUUCUCUGGUCCUAUUGAGAUUGAUGAUACACCUCCAUCAUACGGCCUUGUAGUGGAGCUGUCUGGUGUGUACAGAUACAAUUUCAGUGAUCCUAUUGACCUGCCAGAUUGGGCCUGUACAAACGAUGAGGAAUGCUUGAGCUUGGACGGAGAGUGUCUGGAAUCGCUUGGCCAGCUGCAGAUUCUGUGGCAACCGUUCACCGAUGAAGACACCAAGAUCACCAAGUAUGAGGUUGCCCUGGGCACGACGCCAGCAGGGUCUCAGAUCAAACCUUUCUACGAGGUGUCCAAGGACCAGACGUCAGAGCUCAUUACCAACAUUGAUCUGAGUAGCAUCCGUAGGGUCUACGCUACAGUAAGAGGCUACAACGAAGCUGGCCUGACCAGCACUGCGGUAUCUAAUGGCAUCUACGUCAGCCGGUUCAGUGCUGGACUUCAACCUCUCAGACCAUUCCAAGUCAAAGAUGGAAUCACCAAUGUAGACUUAGAAGACUCAGACUUCCAGACCUCGCUGCAUGAGAUGAGUGCAUCCUGGGAUUUCAGCGGGGAUCCGUGUCCAAUGAAGAAGUACGAGUGGGCCAUCUAUAGAAUCGAUGAGCAAGAAAUUCAGCCACUGACUGAUGUUGGAGAUCUGACAUCAGACUCCAAUACUGACGUCAAAAUGCUAGAUGAUGAGACCUACUACUCCGUCGUGCGGGCUACCAACGCCCUGGGCCUGGCCGUCACGGUCCGAUCUGAUGGAAUCACAGUCAAGCGUGAUCCCUUGAUACCUGGCCAGGUCUAUGAUGGCCUCCUAGUGGGCUUUGAUCUGACUUACCAGAAGGAGACUGAUAGCAUAUCGGCAAGCUGGAAGGGCUUUGGAGAGGGGACACAACCCAAGGAAUCCGUGGAGCAUACAGGCAAUGAAGAAGUAACCAAAGACCAAACCACCCAGCAAACUGUGGAUUACUAUGAGGCAGCCGUUGGUACCGACCGUCGCUACCCCAAGACCAGAGACAACACAGUGCCCUUCACCUACGUCGGUCAGAACACAACGAUCACCUUUACAAAUCUUGACAUCAAAGCCCUAGACUCUACGUACUACGUGACGGUCAGGGGACACAGCGCUAGUUUCUCCACGGCAGAGGUGACAUCAACUGGGAUCAACGUUGGUGUGGACAGCAAAGUCAUCGUGACUGAGGUUGAAAUCCCAGAAUUUGUGAAUUCCCUGACUGAGGUGCAACUCCAGUGGAACAAAUUUGAGUCCACCUUUCCCAUCCUGCUCUAUUACGUCGGCCUGGGCAAACCCUCCCCUUCCUCCAUCCCGCCUGAAGACAUGGACUGCCUGGAUAUGCUGUUGGGGACGGCGCAGUCCCAGGCUACCUUCAGUGAGAAGCCCAUGUAUUUUGUUGGCAAGUACACCUUUGUGGAGGUCAAGGGCCUGAAUCUGACGCAGGAAGGAUCAUACUAUGUCACCGUUGUGGGGAUGAAUGAAGCAGGUCAGUGUAACUCCUCUUCCAGUUACUUCUCUGUGGAUAUCACUCCACCUGUUGAGGGUCGACUGCGUGCCGGACUGUUCUAUGACAUGCCUGUGACAUACACAGACAGCAUCGAGUCAAUCCCAUUGGUAUGGGAGGAUUACAGGGAUGAUGAGAGUGGAAUCAAAUCAUUCAACAUACGUCUCGCGCAAGCUGCGUCAUGUGAUGUCGAAGACGACAACAACACGAUGCCGAUACCUGGCCAGGACUGGUUGGUACUCGGCCCGGAUAUUGGAGAUUUUACAUAUGUGGACUUGAACCUACAGAUGAACCAUCCUUACUUUGUCCAGUUGUUAGCCGUCAACCAGGCAGGAGAUAGUAUCGAGACCCAAGUGGGACCCAUCUUUGUUGACUCGUCUGAACCGACUGCAGGACUGGUGGUUGAUGGAAUGGACUUCAAGAUGGACAUCACUGACAGCGGAGACAGAACCCAAGUUGCUGGCACAAUCCUACACUUGCCCAACCCAAUGGGCCCACCCUGUCCACUGAGAGACAUUCCCUUCACUGAUUCACAGUGGUCAGCGUUGGACUUCAAGGGACUCUGGAACAUGAACUGGGACAAGUGGGACCUGGAGUACGAGUCACAGCAGAUCUUUGCAUCCGAGGAGAGCUUGACAGUGAAGAUGGAGCGAGACACUCAAGGGCCUCGUAUGCUGUCGGGAGCAUACGUCACCAAUGCACAGAUUGUCAGGAGCUCAGAAUAUGAGUUUGACCUGAAAGCUGCCUCACCUGACCUGCACAGUGUGACCAGCAUUCUCUUCUGGGAUGGCCCGGAUGGAGUCAUUGGGGAAUAUGACUUUGGUGGACGAGAGAACUGGCAAGAAGGGAUAUGUCAGUGCUGCUUUGUCAAGCCUCUCAACCAGUCUGCCUGCCCGAUGUGCGAUUGUGCAGACUUCCUGGGUGUCACUGAGGACUAUAACGCAACCUAUGCCGUUCCUACUGUUAAAGAGGUUAUCACAACCGAAGCGGCCCAGGCACUAUUCACGACAGAGGCUUAUACUCCCUGGUCUAUUGAGACACCCGACGAAGACGGAGACGGUGUCUCUGACGAGGACAAGGGGAGAUGGAUUCAGCAGAGAGCAUGCGGCUUCCAACUCUCUCCAAAUGGCAACGCAUCGCAGGCAGUAUUGUGGUGCCGUUACUUCAAGGAUGAGUGGUCGAUGUCGUCCAGCGUCGUAGAUCUAGACUUCGACCCCUCAGUGGAGGAACGUCAUUAUGCCAUCAACUUCAAGGUUAUGCCCUUCGAUGCUGAGGAGGAUGAGUGGUCCUUUGAAGUUUAUGUUGACGGUAAGCUGCUGUCCUCAUUGACUGGCAUAACGGUCCUGUCCUCAUCCACUAAGCUCAUCAUUCAUGUCUUCAAUCGAGACAGCUACGUCGCUGAGCUACACGACCCCUUCAAUCCUCCGUCUGUCUCUGCAACGCUCAGAAAUAUGAGGAUGCCUCCUGAUCAGAGCAAGCUGUGUCGUUACGGGGCACCAUUCAGAGCUGGAACCAGUCCUGUCUCGCGCUACUUUGCAGGUGUUGGCUCUGAAGCAGGGGCUACCGAUAUCGUGGCAUUUGAAGAGGUGGCAAAGCCAUGUGUCCCCUGUAUCAAUCCCUGCGAUCGUUACCAGUGUGAUCCCUCAUGUUCCAUGGACACUGUACCCAUCACAUUCACACUCACCAACCUCACUCUGCCCAGGCUGGAACUCCUGAAUUGGACCAGCUCUGAUAACAACACCAAUGCAACUACACCUGCUCCUAGGGAAGAGGGACAAGAGUAUCCAUUUUUCUUGACAGUCCAAUCUUACUUAGGCAAUGGCAAAUCAGUGAUAGCCUCCUCCAAUGGUUUCUACGUCGACGACACCCCAGCAUAUCUAGACAUAUUUUUCUACACUGAUCCCAGCUUCAAUGAGUUUGAGCCCACAUCAUUCCAGUCCUCGGCCUCUAUCAUUCAAGUCUUGUGGAGCUUCCUGGACAUAGAAAGUGGCAUAAAGGAGCAUUACUGGGCCAUAGGAACCUCCAGAGGGACCACAGACCUGCAAGACUUUGUCAACGUUGGGUUGAACCAGACAGCUACUAGCAUUGAUCUGACGGGGUUACUGCAUCACAACACUACAUACUAUGCGACUCUGAAGGCUAUCAAUGGAGCAGGCUUGGAAACCAUAGUUGAAUGUGAUGGUGUAACUGUUCUGCUGGAACAGCCUGCUGCAGAUGACGUUAACACCACCUCCAUGUUCAGCGAGAAGUUUGAGGAGGAAGUUUACCCACCCGAUGUGGAGAAGAGCCCCGACCCAACCAAGACUGGGACCUCCUGGUCUAAAUCCAAGGAUAAAUCUGUGGCUCGUUAUGAGUACUGCGUGAGUAGCUCUGCAGACCUCCUAGAUGACAUCAUUCCCUGCAUGGUGGUUGGCAACUCCUCUGGCUCUGUGGCCAUCGAGAACGGAUUGAUUAUCAUACGAGCCGGGGACCGGGAGGAGAGAUACAACCUGGAUGACUUCCAGAUACCCAAGGACACCACCCAGAUAAUUGACAUCCCACCAAAGUUCAACAUGGAACCUGGCAAGAGUCUGUACUCUUGGAUGAAAGUGUGCAAUGCGGCCAAACUCUGUGUGACAACACCAGCAGGAACAAGCACUAUACUGGAGGACGGUGAUAUGAUGAUGACAUCAUCCAAUGGUACCGACCUCGUCCUGAAAUCACCAACAAGCCAGAAUGGGAAAAAGGGGGAUAUAGGCAACCACUUUGAUUUCACUGUGGCUACAAAGGGAGGUCUGCCGCAGGGCGGUUCACUCAUCCUAGGCAUGCUGGAUGCCGAUAGAACCAACCAGGAAUUCACAUCGGACGCUCCCCUCGAGUAUACACCCUACAUCACUAAUCCCCUGAACACCAUCCAGUACACAUCAAGAUUGCUUAGGCACAGGGUACGCUUUGUCUAUGAACCAACAUUCUACAUCACCAGUCUUGGGCAGACAGAGCUGCGUGGACCCAUGGUCAUCAAUCUCACGCUCAGCUCACUGGGCAACUGGACAGACACAAAGCAUAGACUAAUUUACUGGGAUGUUGAUAAUUCUGAAUGGCGAGAUGCAGCCAAGACAUGCAGUGAUGUGGAUCGGAUAACUUACGCUGAUGAUGGAGCACAGGUCAAUGUUGAGGUUUGUUCUACGAGGUCUCCAUCAGCCUCAUCACCCUUAGAGGUGACACGCAAGCGGCGCCACGGAUCAGACCCACCCUUCUUCAGCCGUGAGACCCAUUUUGCACUGGCUCAGGUCACUACCGCCAUCCCAAAUAACCCGCCGGAAAUCUCAGAUCUGCCUGAAUACUUCUACAUGAAUGAGGACCAAGGUACUUUGGUCUACACACUUCUAGUAAGCGACCCCGAGGAUGACAUCCUUGCUUUUGAGGUUGAACAGAUUGGAGACCUGAGAGGAGAAGCUAAUAUCACUGAGGAUGGAGUACUGAGCUUCACACCGUGUCUGGAUUGUCAGGGCACCGCCACCCUGCAAAUCACUGUGAGAGAAGUUCAGACCUUUGCUGAGAUAGCGCCCCUGUCUACCACUGUCAACAUUUCUAUUGAAGUCAAACCUGUAAAUGAUAACCCGACCUUGUUCAGUGCACAGGAUGGGAGCAUUGUUGGAAAUGGGCGGAAUGCAUUGCUGAUAGUUGAGCAGAACACCGGGUCCAACGUCGCCUACAAGGAUCUGACGCUUGUGCUUGGAGCCUAUGACCCUGACAUCAACGAUAACCUGACCAUUGUAACUCAGCCUCCAUCGUAUGGAACCCUGGAAGAGACACACCAGUCGGAAGAAGUACCCUCAACCCAGAACUGCAGUGAGCCUUCUGUUGACAGCGAAGAGCCAAGCAUCCCUUGUGAACUUAAGGUACCGCAUGACGGGGAGGACAUGAGUUGGACAACAUCAACGUACACGUAUGCUCCAAACCCUAACUACCACGGCAGGGAUAGUUUCCUUGUCUUGGCGGAGGACCUGUCUGGAGCCAUGUCUCAGCUACUGGAGGUACAGAUUGCCGUGCUUACCAACCCUUGCAUCCAUGAAGGCACCUGCAGAGGUCCUACUGAAGACCCUAAUUGUACCUCCCCAGCAAGAAGCAGCAGCUUUGAGUCCUACUUCUGUGCCUGUCAGCCCGGCUGGGUGGGCGACAUCUGCCAGACUGAUUACGAUGAGUGUCAGUCCACACCGUGUGAAUACCCAUACGUCUGCUACGAUCACCUCGAUGGAUUUGCGUGUGCGUGUCCGUUGACUGACCCAGUGUGCGACGACCUGCAUUGGACAGCUAAGGUAGCCCUUGGUGUGGUGUGCAGUCUUCUUAUCCUGUUCAUCAUUGCUGCUGUGGUUUUCAUUGUGUACAAGAGGCAUCACACCAAAAAAUGGAAGGCAAUGGCUGAGCCUCAUGAUGGCAGCGCCUCCAAUCUUGCUGUUGAUGCUUCCAUGUUUGCUGUCGGCACUGGUGAGUUCAAAGAUGCCGGUAGUGAUGACGAGGACCAGCCUAGUACCAGCAAUGCAGCAAGCUCAUCACCCCAAGAGAGGCCCAAGUCUGCAAGUUCUGAUAGCACUUCUUCCAAGAAGUCCAGUAAAAAGGCAGCCAAAAGGCCUUGGUCUGGCCUCAGGCGUUCCAACGCUGUUGAAGAUGCUUCUCUUGUAGCUGGAGCAGCUUCCCCUUUAGAAGGCGAAAGUCCUGCUGGGACUUCCACACCUGAUGUCCCUGGUCCCUCUGAGAGCCCUGCCUUUGCUGAUAAGUGGGCUGACCCAAUCUUGUCUUCUCAGAGCUGGGGAAGUCUCCAGGAUGAUGCCAGUUCUGCUUGCAAGGGCAUAACAUCCAAAGAAGCUGCCAAAUGGGACGAGCCGAGUCAGAAGGAUGUUGAGGCUGGUGAAGAGGAGGAGAUGCUGGAUUUGCCGAAGUCUCCAUUCUCCUGCAACGAGGAUGAUGUCGGACAAAAGAAAAGGCCUUCCGUGCAAUCCGGUAUGAGCUCCACACACGACAGCUACACUGACCUACUUAGGGAAAUCGACGACUCGGUGGUGUAAACGAGUCAGCAAAUUCACCAUCUGUAUGCCUAUAUGCUCUCUUGGUAAUUUUUGUCCAUUGGCAAACCUAAAAACAGAACAACUUUUAUUACAGUAUGAAUUAAUCCCUCCACAAAACUUCUGAUCAUUCAUCUGAAAUCCCAAAUGUUGAUGAAAGCAAGUGUGGUAGCAUAUUUUUUAUACUGUGAUCUUGUGGACAAUGAAACAUCUUGAAUUCCGUUCAUCAUGGAGUAUGUAACAGGAAACUCAAUGAGACUAUACUAUAAUACUUUGCUUAAAUACCAAACAUAAUAGUGAGAGUAGUUUGUGUGUCAAAGUAAUGUACUUGAUGAUAUAAAAACAAAUCCAAAACCCACAUGACUUUAAAUUUGCUAUCCAGUCAGAAAUUUGCAAUGUCAGUUUGCCAAGUUUGAGAAGAGCAUGUGAAGAAAGCCCUACAAAAUCAAAGGUUUGCCUUGCAACAGAGUUACACACCAGACAAAGAAUCAUGGAAUGGAAUGCUUUUUCCCUGCUUUUUAAUUGUUUUUUUUAUCUUUGCUUCCGAUUUUACCCAGAACCUAGUCAGUAGCUGUUUAUUAAAAGAGAUUAGAAGUGCAUUUGGCUUUAAAAUAUUAGCAUUUUCUGAUGGAUAUAAGUAUUUUCCGUGAUAUGCAAAAUUAGUGGUUUUAAAAACGUUUGAAUUUGAUUAAAAAGCUAAAAUACCUGUUAAUAUAUAUUAAUCUAUUCACUAACUGGUUUUUUUUUAAUCAUAAAUUAAAGCGAAAUGAUAACACAAGCCAACCCAUAUUACUGCGCUAGUGAUAAGACUGGAAACAUUAUCUGAUGCACUAUUGUAAACACAGUCAAGUGAAUAAAUAAAAUAGCCAAAUAGCAAAAUAUAAAAGUAAAUACAAUGAAAUCACACUGAUUCAGAUUACCAGACAAUGAAGCACCUUGGCAGCAAUGCUUGGAUUUCUGCGGACUUUGGCCUCCAAUUAUCUGUUCACAAACUGUAUACUGAAAAUUAUCAGGUUUUUUUUUAACUAUAAAGACACACAAAAUCGUAUGGUUGUUAACUAAUCACUUCAAUCCCGAUUAGUUGUGUAGUUAAUGCGUUGCACAAAUCAUCCGUGAUUUUGUAAUCAUGAGAGAGUACCUUUUUCAGAAUUGUUUCCAGAAACCUAUUACACUAAAUUUUAACUAAUGCUUCAUGAAACUCAGAUGUGUAAGUAGAAGUUGUAAUGGAGUGAUUCACAAGUCAGAAAUAAUAAACAGAAUUAAAAAUGUGGGGUUUUUUUGCCGAUUCAAGGAACAACAAUUCAAUGAAUCUUAAUAAGCAGAUUAUUAAAAUUUUCAACUCAUUAGAUAUAUUUUUUUUGGAGAACUCUGAAAAUGCCUCUUCAUUUUUUUUUCUCGAUGUUAAGCAUAGGUUUCUAGCCAUCGCACAGAAAUGAUGGCAAAUUCCUCUUUUCCCCAAAGAUGACGGCAUUUAGACGCAAUGAUUUCACAGGAUGCAUGAUCUCACUUGCAAUCAAGAUCCAUUACCCUCAAUUUAUAUACAUAACGGGGCACAAACAAUGCCGAAACAAUGCAUUAGUCACAUUUCAGUUGAAUAGCUUACUUAAAAUUGGAUGACUUGUGAUGACAUCAUUACAGCUCUCUGCAUGUGAAGUGAAUACAAAAAUUAAUGUUACCCGGUUGAAUUGUUGACCAAAUUGUAUAAGAUUUACUGUACCGUAGAUAAUAAACUUUCCUUUCUUGAGCAUGCAUUUUA